CUAACCCUAGCUGAAAAACCCUUUUUCUUUGUUUUCCCUGUCCUCUUCUUCUGCCACUAAUCCUAGCGACCUGGUCCUUGCUCUCGUUUUUCUCUCACUUCCUCGAUCCCCGGCGCUGUUGCCGGCCUUGGCCUUUCGGGCCACGGUUCCCUCUUUCUUAUCAUUUCCUCUUUUUUCACUUCCCUCUUCCUCCUGCCUCCAGUUUCGGCUCUCUCUAGAAAAUUCUAGCCUCCCUCGACAGAACCUAAUUGCUAUUGCCGGCUUUAGGCCGUGCCGGUGGUGGCGACGACAACGGCGUUCUCUCCUUUCCUUUCUCUGCCUUAAUUGAACUCAAUUGGAACAGUACUGAAAGGAAUUUUUCUUCUUCGUAUCAAUGGCUUUUUCGCGUAGCCUUUCCAAUAGAGCAACCCUAAUAGCUGGACGAUAUCGACCAUCAUUUGCGUACGUUCUCCAUGAAGAUGACCGUAAAAAUCAAUCUUUAAACGAGUCCCAAUCUCAAGAAAAACCCGGUAAUUUUGUUCAACAUAGAUAUUUUGGAACUGGGUUUAGUAAUUCAUCCUCAGGGUUUGGUGUGUUGUUCCAAGAUAGAAUAUGUUCCCAACUAUCUUUGCAUCCAAGCUCUGGCAUGUCUUUUUGUCGAUAUAUGUCUACAACCAUCGGUGGGGGGGCAGAUAUGAGUGCAGCGGCUUCUGCUAUUAAUGGUGGUGGGGCAGAUAUGAGUGCAGCGGCUUCUGCUGUUAAUGAGGUUGCCAUUGCUGCUGCUGAUUCUUGGUUUCUGGUUGCUGCCUUGCAGCAUGUUAUUGAUACGGUUCAUUCUUUUACUGGCUUCCCCUGGUGGGCUUCCAUAGUAGUGACAACCCUUUUGAUUCGAGGGGCAACUAUUCCACUUCUGAUAAAUCAACUUAAAGCUACUUCAAAAUUUACGCUAUUGAGGCCACGCUUGGAGGAAAUCAAGGAGCAGAUGCAAAGCAAGGGUAUGGAUCCCCUGACAGUAGCUGAAGGUCAAAAGGAAAUGAAAAAGCUUUUCAAUGAAUAUGGUGUGACUCCGUUUAGUCCAAUGAAAGGGCUGUUUAUUCAGGGUCCCAUCUUUAUCAGCUUUUUCCUUGCUAUUUCAAACAUGGCUGAGAAAGUGCCAUCAUUUAAGUGUGGUGGAGCGUAUUGGUUUAUGGAUCUUACUACUCCAGAUGAUUUAUAUAUUCUUCCAGUUUUGACAGCCCUUAGUUUUUUGAUAACAGUGGAGUGCAACAUGCAAGAAGGUAUGGAAGGGAAUCCGGCUGCUGGAACUAUAAAAAAUGUCUCUAGGGUUUUAGCUGCUCUGACAAUUCCAUUUACCAUGAGUUUCCCAAAGGCCAUAUUUUGUUAUUGGAUUACAUCAAAUUUGUUUUCCCUCACCUAUGGACUAGUGCUCAAGGCUCCGGGGGUGAAGAAGGCUUUAGGUGUUCCUGAAAUACCUAAGCCACCACCAGGUGCUGCACAAAAGCCUUCUGUUGAUCUGUUUGCAGCCCUCAAACAAGCUGUCAAACAAGGCAGACCAGCAACACAAGAAUCUACCUCAUUACCUGUUGAACCAGCGAAAGUAUCAAACCAAAUAACAUCCUCUUCUUCGGCUAUCAGUCAGAGGCUUAAAAGUUUAGAGAGACAAGUGAAAGGAAGGAAGAAAAACAAGAAGAGGAAUAAUCACAGAUAAGUUUUAUCUAUGGUUGCAAGCCGAGGACAGAAGGGCUGCAACCUGCAAAGUGAUGGUGAUAUAUAACUUGUACUAGUAAGUUACAGCUCAUGUAUCACUUGUUGAAGGAGUCUUCUCAAAGCCUGAAGUGAAUGGAUUCAUCAAACUUAAUAACUUGGAAGGAAAAGAACAAUAAAGGAAGUCAUUUUCUGCCCC